GUCACUUCGCUGCGUAAAUUUCUUUCUUGAUUUUCGUAGUAUUUUUCAACUGUUACGAGAACUCAAAUCAAUAUAUUUCAUGAAAGAAAUAUUUCAUGAAAGAUUGAAAAUAGGUUGUAUAAACAUUGUAUUAAAAUGGCAUCGUCUUUUAUAAAUUCUGAUAAAAAAGCAUCAAUCAAUCUGUCAAAGAAUAAUACGAAAAAGGAGAUAUCAGAAUUUAACAUGUGCCCAUAUGUAGGUAACGCUCAUUUCUGAAUAUAUUAUAUUUAUUUUAAUUAUAAAAUUAAUUAUUAUUUGUAGAAACUACAUUACUCCUUUGGCUUUAAUCCAAACGUCCCUAUAAUAAAUUUAACGACUAAAAAUCGAACAUUAAUUGCGUUCGCUUCUUCACAUAUUGCAAUGAUAUAUGAUUAUAGCUCUAAUGAAAUGUUACCUCUUCAAGGUCAUGUUAGUAUAGACACGUGUAAUUUAUGAGAUUUAUCGCUUAAUUGAAUUAAUCAUAGUCGAUAUAAUAUUUAGAAAACUGCUGUUAGAACACUGUCAAGUUCGAACGAUGGUAAAUGGCUAUUGACGGCGGAUUUUGAAAAGGAUUGUGCGGUAAUUAUUUGGGAUACCGAAAUCAAGUAAAAAUAUUAAUCUUUUAUGAAAACUAUGCUUGUCUAUAAUGCGUAUAAAAACGUAUAUACGUGAUUAUUGUUAAGGAUGCCUAUUUGCACUUUAUUCGAGCCUCACGGUAUAAAUGGAAUAACAGCAGCACGUAUCAGUCCAAAUGCAAAGUACAUUGUUACCGUUGGCAAUGAAAAAUUACAAAAUGUUUAUUUUUGGUUGUGGACAUACGGAAAAGAUAAACCAGAUGCAAUCGCUGAAUUAUCGGAAAUACAUUUGGAUAGAGUUAAAGAGAUCAGUUUCGACAAUGACUUUCCACAACGAUUUGCUUUGACUACUGAUCAUCACGUACUUUUUUUUACUUGGGUUUGUAAUUCGAAUUUCCAAUAUAAUGAAGAAAAUUUUCAAUGUAAAUUUAUAUGAUUUCAUCAUUCAUUAGGAUCAAGAUGGACUUAGCUAUUAUCGGCCCAAAAUAACUGGAAAAUAUGGUCAUUUUGGAAUUUUGAAUAGUUCUGUUUUUAUUACAAAAACAUCGAAUACGUUAACGGCGACAACUACCGGCUUUGUAUUAGUCUGGAGCCACGUUUACACCGUUGAGCAUGCUGUAAAAGAUACAAACUUUAAAAAGAAACAUAUCAAAUCGAUAAAAUUACAAACUUGCAAUAUCACUGUAAUUCUUAAUUACGAAGGGUAUUGAUUAAUUAAAUAAUAAUUCUUCGAACAAAAAUUUAAUAAGUUUCGGAGAUAUUUAGAAUUGAUCAUGCACUAUUUUUUCAAUAUAUAGAAUGAUUGUUACUGGCAAUUCUAAUGGACGAAUUAAUUUUUACGAUAAUGAAUUAAAACUUUUGUAUUGGUGUCAAAAUCGUGAAUUGGAAUGUAUUCGAUCGAUCAGUUUCGAUUUAUGCUCUAAAUUACUUGGCCCUGUACACAUUAUCAGUGAAACAGAUAGUAAGCUUGACAUGAUAUAAAGCUUCUUCUGUUUUAAAAAAAUAUUAUAUUUUUCAAAUAGUCGAAUUGAGUGAUGGGAACAGCACGGACGAAUUAAAAAGCGAAAUAGAAUAUGAAUAUAUGGAAAAUUUUGUAAGCCAAGAAGAAAAUGAAAAUACUUUUCAAGAUGUAAAAUAUUUGAAUGAUAAGAUGGAUAAAAAAUUGUCAUAUUUAACUGUAAAUAUAGAAUCUAUUCCAAAAUAUUACUACGACCAGAAAAAUUCAAUAUACGUAGCUACCGAUGCGACCCUACAACGUUCUAGAUUCAUCGUUAGAAAUAGUUUUGUAUCUACAACGAAAGGUACACUUGCUUUAUUAGAUAUUGCAAAUUUAAAAUGCAAAUUCAUUUCGAAAUAUUAUGCUGCCCAUGUAACGAGUUUAGAUGCACAUCCGAAAAGUACUUAUCUUAUCACGGGAAAUAGAGAGAGUAUAUUAAGUUUAUACGAUUAUGAGAAAUGUAGCUUGAUUAUAUCCAGAAAAGUUCCAGAUCUACCAAAUUUGGAAGCGAUUUUUAAUUAUCAAACGAAAAAGAAUCAAAUAAUUUAUAUUAGUUGUCCACAAACGCAUGAAAGUUUGACUGCCAUUACUGCCCUCAAAUAUUCUCCAACAUCUGAUUUACUCAUCUGUGGUAUGGAAAAUGGUACUUUAUGGGUAUUACAUCCACUAACAUUGGAAUUAUUAGAUGAAUUUCCUUACAAACAUUCGUCUCAAUCUAUUCGUACUGUUGCCUUUACCAAAUGUUCGACUUACAUGGCUUAUUCCGUUAAGUAUUUUUUCAGCGAUAAAUAAAAUACUUACGUAAAUCUUUAUUUCAUUUACUUAUUUUUUUUUUUUUUUUUUUUUUUUUUUAGGAUGA